UUUCUCUACAUUAAUGAAAAUAAGACCUGGACUGAAGCUCAGCAGUACUGCAGAGAGAAACACACUGACCUGGUCACAGUGACUAACAUGAAGGACAUGAAGAGACUCAUCAGCAUCUCAGCUGGUAGUAAAAACCGAGCUUGGAUUGGUCUGCAUUAUCAAACACAUGGUACCAGAACAUGGUACUGGUCUCUGCCUGGGGUGGAGUUCGAUGUAAGUGACACAAACUGGAUGUCAGGAGAACCGACUGACAAACAUAGGAAUGAAAUAUCUGGGAACUGUGGAUUUCUGUUUAAAAGUUUUACAUGGGCAGAUGAAUCUUGUCAUCACGUGGAAUUUUUCCUCUGCUAUGAUGAAACUGAUAGAAACCAGAAAUACCACUUGAUUGAAGACAAGAAGACCUGGCAGAAAGCUCAGAUUUACUGCAGAGAGAAUCACACAGACAUGAUCAGUGGAUCGAAGCAGCUACAGGAUGCAAGAUCGGCGAAUGUUUUGAACUCUGUGGGAAACAAAACACACGUACAUUUCGGUCUGUUCAGAGACGCCUGGAAGUGGUCCGAUGGAAGCAGCUUCUCUUUCAGAUACUGGCACAAAGAUAACGUGAUCCUGAUCAAAGAAAAUAAAACCUGGGAGGACGCCUUGACCUACUGCAGAGAUCACCACCAUGACCUGGUCACCAUCACCAACAUGGAUGAUCAGAGAUGGAUCCAGGAGAAAGUCAAGGAGGCAUCGACUGAUUAUGUCUGGAUGGGUCUGCGCUACACCUGCACUCUGGAUUUGUGGUUCUGGGUCAGUGAUGAUGUGGUCAGAUAUAAGAACUGGGCUUUAGAUGGACAGAUGGACGACUGUGACAUGUCUGGAGCCAUGGAGACGAGAGGAAAACAUCAGUGGUUCAAAAGAAAUGAUGAUGAGAUGCUGAAUUUCAUCUGUUCUAAAAAGUAAAAUCUACUCU